UGUGAGAUCAUUUCCUCCAUGGUGAGAUCAUGUCAUGAUGCUUUGGCGGUGAGCGGUGAGAGAUAAACAAACAAUGGCUGACCUGGAUUAAAGUUUUUACAGUAGUACAGUCUUGUACGGGACGGUAUUUAGUAAAGUAGGUCUAGCCUCAGGAGUCUCCAUCUAAUUCAUACGAUUACGUGAGCUGUUUGGAGAGUAACAAACAUGUCAUCUCGGCUGUUUGAAGGGUUGCAUCAUGCUGAUCUGUAUGCAAAAUAUCGUCCAAACUACCCACAGCAAGUCAUUGACAGGAUUCUGACUUUCAUGAAGGUUAAAGCCAAGAGAAGUGAUGACUAUGUGAAAGCAGUAGAUGUAGGUUGUGGGUCCGGCCAGUUAACUCGAGACCUUGCUCCAUAUUUCCAGCAAACUGUUGGUGUAGACGUCAGUGAGGCUCAAAUAAAGUUUGCAAGAAAUUUGAAAACAAACGCCAACGUAGAAUACAGAGUUGGAAGUGGAGAAAGCAUUCCCGUGGAGUCUUCAUCCGUGGAUCUAGUGACGUGUGCUCAAUCUGUUCAUUGGUUUAACUUCAACAAGUUUUGUGGUGAAGUUGACAGGAUUUUGAAACCCAGCGGAUGCGUAGCUCUCAUUGGCUAUACAGCUCCAAAUAUAAUUUACCAAGGAAAACCACAUCAGGGACUCAACCGACUUUUCGAUGAGUACAUUGAUCUCUUAAAACCAUACACCGCAAAAGAAAUUCAGGCUCUGAAUAAUAAAUAUCGUGACUUGAAAUUACCAUACGCCAUAAAUGAAAGAGAUGAUUCAUUCACAAGAAAGCGAGAAGUAAAUUUAACCUGGUUUUUUAAUACGCUUACAUCUUGGUCUCCUUACCAAAAUUUAAUGAAGGCGACUGAAGGUAAAUCUGACCCUCUCGUGGAACUUAAAGCAAAAAUGGUUGCAGAAGUUGAUGAUAAAUCGUCAACCGAUGAAAUUGAAGUGGUCCUAGUAGAUUCAAUAUUCAUGUUACUUGGAGCAAAGCCUAUGCAGGAUUAAACUUUUAAUUGAUUUAAUUAAUAUGUAAGAUUGAAAUACCUUUCACAAUUUUGUUGGUUGUCUUUUUACAGUGAAUUUAUUUUGCUUUUUGACAGUCUGCCUGAAUAGUUUGCAAUCAUUUUUUUAUUUUACAUGUCGUUUGUACUAUUUGAUCUAUGAAAUGAAUGAAAAAGACUCAUUUUUAACAUUUUAGCAAACUCCACUCGAUAUGUAGAGUAAAUGUAUAUCUUGUGAGGGUAUUGUCACUACAAAAAGUGUUUGCUGUUUGGCAUAUACUUGGGCCUUGUGCCUGAAUUUUUUUAUAAACCCCUGAUAAUGAAUAUUAGUGACCCAAUGUCUGCUUAAGCUUGGAAGUUGUAUGUGUGAACUUUUAUAGUAGUGUUUAGUAUCCUAUAAAGUAGAGGCCUUGUUCUCUAAGGAGAUUUGGCUUAAUUGAUGCAGUGUUAGUUGUGGCUUCUCCUGCCAUAAAUUGUAUCAAUAUUUGGGGAACAACACAUUAUAGUUUGUUAUGAAUAAAUUCACAAACAGUGUGAUGAAUUAAUUAAAAAAAUAUAUGUCAAAAUGCUUUAUAUUCAGUUAGAUUGUAAAUUCAUGCAGCCCCACCCCAUCCCCACCCCCAAAAAAGAUGUUAAUUUACACAAAUGACCAUCUGUCAAUCUCAGUACUCCUGUAAUCACCUGUUUAAGUAUGCAGAUUUUGCCAUCACUGACAUUAAGGUAAUUAAUUAGCAUAAAUGGUAGACUCAGCAGGUGUUAACUUUCUUUCUUUAUUGACCAUAUGAUAACUUAAAACAGCAUACCGUAUAUUCUUGCGAGGAUAUAGACGAAGCUUAAAAUAGCAAAUCACGAUCGAAAAGCAGGUCGUCGUCUUAUCGUGUGUAACACGCAAAUUUACUACUGAAAUGAAGCUAGUAACUUGUUAGUAUUAAUGAACUGAAUUUUAAGUGUGGGAAAUAAGAUUUUGAUGAACAUUUAAAAGCCCAUAAAAUGGUAUUAUUUGGAAGAUUAGCCCUACAUGUGGCUCCAUUUUUAGCCACCUAGAUGCAGUAUGAAGACCGUAACUAGCAGCAAAAGUAUGAAUUCCGACAGUGAAACAGGAACGUUGUUUUAUACGCCUGACAUACAAAAAUCGUCCAAAAAUCUUCUCAAACUUGAUCGAGGAUUUGUCUUAUGUGCGGUUCGCCUUAUAUAUACGACGUGAGAAUAUACGGUACAAUAUCCCUCAUUGCUGUUUCAUUAACAUUCAGAUUCCAACAAUAUGAUUUUUAUCUACUGUUUUACAUACCAGAAAUAACUUCACACAAAAUCUACUUCUAAAUAUCAUGAUAUUCAACUUGAAAUAAUCCUUAAAGUUAAUGACUUUUGGUACCAUCAAUAAAAAGACUGUUUGUGGUGGUACCAUGUACUUUCAAUUAAAACGUUGUUAAAAUAAUUAUUGUGGUAACAAAAUAUAAUUACUGUAAUGUUUACUUGGGGUACCACCGACAUUCGGUGACCGAAUAAAAAUGAUUUGUGGUACAGU